AUGCUUAUUGCUCCUCAAUUUCUUUUAUUCUCUUUUAUAAUUUUUUGUGCAAUUCUUUUGUAUCGCCACAUAAAAUUAAGGAGUCAACUAGUUAAUGUCCCUUCGCCUCGAUCCUGGAUGUUAUUUGGACACGUUUUAAUAAUUAAACCGGACAUGGAAGGAUUUAUUGACCAAUUAAUGGGAAUGGCACAGCUUUAUCCACAACACCCAAGAAUGACUUUAUUUUGGUUUGGCACAAUUCCAACGUUAAUGAUUUAUUCUGCGAGACUUGUUGAAUCUUUGUUCAGUAAUAACAAUCAUAUAAAUAAAGGAAUGUUUUAUGAUAUGUUUCGACCUUGGCUUGGAAAUGGACUUUUAACCAACACUGGUGAAGGAUGGCGUGCUCGACGUAAAUUGCUCACUCCAACAUUUCACCACGAAAUAUUGAAAAGUUUUGUGAAUGUGUUUAAUUAUCAAGCUGAUAUACUUGUUCGAAAAUUGCAUACUUUGGUGGGCAAAACUGAAGGCCAAAUUGAUGAUAUUACUCCACUUAUAAGUCUUUGCACUUUGGAUAUUAUUUGUGAAACUUCUAUGGGCAGAUCAGUAAAUGCACAACAAGAGGAAGACUCAGAUUAUGUUAAGGCUGUGCUCUGCAUUAAUGACAUCAUCCAAAAUAGACAGAAAAACCCUUUAGUUUGGCCAGAUCUAUUUUUUUGGUAUUUUGGUGCGGGCAGGAAGCAUGAAUGGUCUUUGAAUAUUUUGAAGUCUUUUACAAGAAAGGUAAUUAUUGAACGAAAAGUAGAGCGAAAACUGCAGAGAAUUAACCUCUUGUUGUGCAUUUACUGA